CUUCGAUUGCUGCUCAGUGUUGUGAGUUUGCUCGCUUUCAUCGGAUUUUGGAAUGUCUACGUCGUUCUCAUCGAGCCAUUCAACAUCAUGGUGCUCUAAAUUUUUGACUAAUGCACAUCACUUCAUUAGCCCGACGAGCAGCGACUCUUACAGGUCUAACUUUCCUGUCAGUGUUCGUCGGACAAAAAUAAACGUAGGGCAUUUGCAGGAAAUCUUUGAGUGAAGCACUUAAGGGUAGAGCUAAAUUGACUGGAAGAUUAAGAAAUUGUCCUCCUUCAUCUAAAACCCAGUCAUCAACUGUUUGUU